AUGAAUCUAUGGAAAAAUGCAAUUUUUGAAGGGUAGGAGGUAAGAAUGUAUAAAAAAAAAAUGAAGAAUUAUGAUUUUAAUAAACAAAAUUACUCCUCCUUAGAUGAAUAUAAAGGAAUGAGAUAAAAUAUAGGAUAUUAGUCUGGAUCAAAUACUUUUCAUCUAUUAGUUGGAAUUAAGGGGGAUUUAUAAAAAUAAUCAUUUGAAAAUAUUAGAAUUAGAAAUACAUCACAGCAAACACAUGAGAUGCAACUUAAGUGGAUUAGAAUUUGA